UUCACUCUGUAUCGAUAGCUGAAAAUUUUCUGUAUUUGGCAUAGUUAAUAAACUUGGUCUCAGAAUUUAUUAUAAUUUUUUAAGCUUAUUACAUCAGAGAAAAUGUCUUCAAAAAUGAAAUUAGAUAAUUCUACAUCUGGAAGUGCCAAUAUUCCGGAGGAAUCAAGGAAUGCGAAUAAACCGACAGAUGAAGAGGAUAUAUGUGAGUUGGAACAUUUGCGUAAAUUAUUUAUUGGUGGUUUAGCACCACACACAACUGAAGCAAGUCUAAAGGAAUUUUAUGGAAAAUGGGGUACAGUUGUGGAUGCCGUGGUAAUGCGCGAUCCAACAACUAAACGCUCACGAGGUUUCGGUUUUAUAACUUACACAAGAGCAUGCAGUGUUGAUGAAGCUCAAAAAAACAGACCCCACGUUAUCGAUAGCAAAACUGUCGACCCCAAACGUGCGCUACCACGUCCUGAACGCGAGGCGCGCGAAACAAAUAUUUCCGUCAAAAAACUAUUCGUUGGAGGUUUGAAGGAUAAUCAUGACGAGCAAUCACUCGAAGAAUAUUUCACCAAAUUCGGUAAUGUUAUAUCGGUUAAGAUCCUUACGGACAAAACAACAGGAAAACGUCGGGGAUUUGCGUUUAUCGAAUAUGAUGAUUACGACUCUGUUGACAAAGCGAUAUUGCAAAAAGUGCAUACCAUUAAGUAUGUAGUCGUUGAUGUUAAGAAGUCGGUGUACAAGCAGGAAAAACAGCAAGGGAAUGAUGGAACCAAUGACGCUCAAAAUAAUGUCAACAGAAAUGGACAAAAGCAAAAUAACGCCCGUCCACCAGCACCGCAGCAGCCAAUGCCACCUUACCCACAGGGACCACCGGCACCUUAUCCACAGUGUGCACCAUACAAUUAUUGGGGACCACCACAACACCCAGCGCCACCACCAUACGCACCAUAUCCACAACCACCUGCAAACGGUUGGGGUAACCAACAAGGCUGGAAUGGUUGGAACGCAGGACCACCACCGCCACAGGGUUGCGCUCCACCUAAUAACUGGUAUCCGCCGAACCAAUGGCAACCCCAGAAUGCUCCUAUGCCGGGUCCACAACCACCAAGUGGGCCAGCACCGCCCGCAAACUGGAAUGCACCACCUAAUGGUCCACCAACAAGUGGACCCCCACAACAACAAGGACCGCCUCCCAACUUCGGUACUGGCUAUCAGCAAAAUUAUGGCGGUGGUCCUACUAAACAUAACCCACCGAAUACUAAUCGUACGCAUCCUUAUGGCCCACCACAAAAUUCUAAUUAUGCUAAUGGAAAUCAACAACCACCACCACAAGGUUACAAUGGUUAUGGCCCAAACAAACCGCCCACAGCGGCUAUGCCGCCAGGUAAUAAUGGUCCGCCAGCAGGACCACCAGUCAACCAGACUGCACAAAUGGCAAAUAAGUUUAGGCGCUGAAAGGUUGCGUUGUAGUGCCCUGAUAAUGGAAAAGGAAUAAUACAACAAGCUCAAUAUAGAAGAAAUGCUUAUUAUUAAACACUGAAGGGCUUACCAGAUUUGUCUAUCACACUAAUAGGUCAAUGCAUAAAAGGACAAUUAUGCUAAAAUAAGAUAUCAGCAUAUGAUAUAUGUAUGUGUGUACCAUAGAAAUAGGCAAAUAUAUGUUCAAGCACUUCCCUAAGUAGUGUAACUUAUGUUAUAACGUUGUUAUUAGAUCUAAUUAAACACCUUAUAAAUCAGAGCUUACGGAAUUUUUGUAAUUUAUUGCAAAGCCAUUUCCAAUCGCUUUCGGAAUAUGUAUGGAACAUUUUUUAAGUUUAUCUGAAAUACAUACAUAUGUAAAGUAUGCGUAAGUUCUACAUUAAACUACAAUAUGUAAAUGAAAAUGUAUGCAUUAAGUCUUUCUUGUCAGUGCACCUGUGUGGCAAAACUAGUAUGUAGGUAAGUUUAUUAUUUUAUGACUAUAUAAAGAUUAUGAUAUAAAGGAAUCGUAAAUAUGGUUUAGUUUAAAAAGUAUAAUGCAUUAUUGGUUUCGGCAUAUCUAUGUAUAAGAAUCAAAACUAUAUUAUUGUACCUAAAUUAGUGUAUAUAUGACUGUUCCUGCGAAGAUAUUAAAGGAUUUAAUGAAUGCAUACUACAAAUGUACAAUAAGGCAAAGUUUCGUAGAAGACGCUUUGUGCUUUGUAUAGAUUUUAAAAAUUGUCAAUAGACUACGACACAUUGGUUGCGUUUAUACAGUUAGCAGUUUUACAUUGCAGUUAAAAAAUAUACAUAUAUUUACAUUAAAAAAAUGCAAGUUAUUUAUAUAAGUUUAUAGUUUAAGUACCGAUUUUAACAGAACCUGCUAAACUCUAUUUCACAGUUAUAUCUUAUUUAGGCAAAAUAUACCAAGAAAGUCUACAUAGUUUUAUCUUGAAUUAUUAUAAAGAAUUAGUUUAAACGUGUAGCGCAUUUUACCAACACAAGUAAUAAAAAACAAAACUAGAAUUUACUUCAGUUGAUUUUAUGUAUUUUGAAAAACCUAGCCUAUGUAUGUUUUCUAGUUAUAUCAAAUAAAGUAAAUAUAAUACAAUA